AUGACGACUUUCUACAAUUUCAAACGUAUCACAGUUGUUCCAACAGCACCGGUUAGUGGAAAUCGAUAAAUAUUUUAAUUUAAAUAAAAAAAUUGUGUUUUUAGGAACUCAAAGAUGUUGUGCUCUCCAAAACUCAGCGUAAAACACCAACAGUCGUUCACAGACAAUAUUCAAUUGGACGUAUUCGUGCAUUCUAUGCUCGGAAAAUCAAGUUUUUGCAACAAACACUUCACGACAAAUUGACACAAAUUAUCACAGAAUUCCCAAAAAUGGAGGAAAUUCAUCCAUUCUACGCCGAUUUGAUGAACAUUCUCUACGAUCGUGAUCAUUAUAAGAUUGCGUUGGGACAAAUGAAUACAGCCAGACAUUUGAUUGAUGGAAUCGCUCGUGAAUAUGUUCGCCUGAUGAAGUAUGCCGAUUCUUUGUAUCGUUGUAAAAUGUUGAAGCGAGCUGCUUUGGGAAGAAUGGUCAAGCUUUUAAAACGUCAAAAAUCAAGUUUCGAAUACCUUGAACAAGUUCGUCAACAUUUGUCGCGUCUUCCAAGUAUCGAUCCAGCUACACGUACUUUGAUUCUUUGCGGUUUUCCAAAUGUUGGUAAAUCCUCAUUCAUCAAUAAAGUCACUCGAGCUGAUGUUGAAGUUCAACCAUACGCUUUCACAACUAAAGCACUUUAUGUUGGACAUUUGGAUUAUCGUUUCUUGCGUUGGCAGGUUAUCGAUACUCCUGGUAUUUUGGAUCAACCGUUGGAAGAUAGAAAUACAAUUGAAAUGCAAGCUGUGACUGCUUUGGCUCAUUUGAAAGCCGCUGUUUUGUUUAUGAUGGAUGUUUCUGAACAAUGUGAUAGAAGUAUUGAAGAGCAAUUGCAUUUGUUUGAAUCAAUUCGUCCACUUUUUGCUAACAAACCAGUUAUUAUUGGUUUAAACAAAGUUGAUAUUCGUCAUCGUUCAGAAUUGCCUGCUGAAAAAGCUGCACUUCUCGAUCAACUUGAAAAGGAAGGAAUUCCAAUUGUUGAGACUUCUACACUUACACAAGAGGGAAUUAUGACACUUCGUGAUCGUGCUUGUGACGAACUUCUCGCUCAACGUGUAGAAGCAAAACUUCAAGCCAAGAAAAUCACAACUGUUGAGGAUUCGGUUCUUAAUCGUGUCUUUGUUGCUUAUCCGGUUCCACGCGACGAAAAAGUUCGUGCACCAUUCAUUCCGGCUGGAGUUGCACAAAAACGCGCGGCGGCGAAAAAGGCGGCGGCUGCGAAUGCGGAGAAUUCGAUGGAUGUUGAUGAUCAAUCUGUUGCUGCUUUCAGAGAUGAAAGUAGGUUUUCUAGUAGUUUCUGACUCGCUGAUCAAGAUUCCGUUGUCUAAUUGUAAAAUGGCAUAGCUCAACUUCUAAUAUGAGUUAUUUUUGUAAGUUGGAAAAUCGGGACUUUAGAAGCUGAACACUGGCUUCAAAAAUGAUUUUCAUGCAAAUCUGAUAGCAUAGGGUUCUUCAGGAGGGUAGACAACAUAAGUGGUUCUGAACUAUAGUUGGACAUCGACUAAACGACAUUUUCAUGUUUUUUAAGCAAGUGAUUUGAAAUAUUGGGUUUUAAUUUUAUUCGUAUGAUAGAAUGGUCUAAGACGAACAGAAUGAUAUAAAUUUUGAUGAAUUUACGUUAUCCUUAAGUGAUUUAGCGACAUUUAAUCGAUAUUUCGUCGAUAAGCCGCUAAAUCACUUAUGGAUAACGUAAACUCAUCAAAAUUUAUAUCAUUCUGUUCGUCUUAGACCAUUCUAUUAUAUGAAUAACAUUAGAACCCAAUAUUUCAACUCACUUGCUUAAAAAAACAUGAAAAUGCCAUUUCGUCGAUGCCCAACCAUAGUUCAGAACCACUUAUGUUAUCGACCCUUCUGAAAAACACUAUGCUAUCAGAUUUGCAUGAAAAUCAUUUUUAAAGCUAGUGUUCAGCUUCUAAAGUCCCGAUUUUCCAACUUUGCCACUUACAAAAAUAACUCAUAUUAGAAGUUGAGUUUUGCUAUUUAGACAUCGGAAUAGAUUUUGUUAAAAAUCUAGAGUAAAAUAAAAAUUUUGCAGACACUCGCCGACUUGAACGUGAAAUCGAAUUGGAAAUGGAAGACGACUAUAUUUUGGACCUCAAAAAGCACUAUCUAUUGAAAAAUCCCGAUGAGAAAUACGAUGUUGUUCCAGAAAUUUGGGAAGGUCACAAUUUGUCAGAUUUCGUUGAUCCAGAAAUUCAGCAGGUACAUUUUGUCUCAAAUUUUGCGUGAUUUUUUACACAACAAGGUCAAAUAACCGUUUUUUUUCUCUAGAAACUCGAAAAACUCCUGAAAGAAGAAGAAUUAUUGGAACAAGCUGGAGAAUAUGAAUCCGAUUUGGAUAGUGAUGAUGAUGAGACAAAGGAGAAGAUGAAAUUGGCAUUGAAGAUUCGAGAAAAAGAGAAGUUACUCACAUUGGAGACACAAGUGAAUAAAAGACUUGCUGGAAGAGCUGGAUCAAGAGUUUUGUCGUCGAGAAAGAGAGAAAGAUCCAUGUCUAGAUUGGAACAUGAAUUGGGAGAAUUGGGUGUUGAUGUGAGUUUGAAAAAUACUUUUUUUGAUCAAUAUUUGAUAAAUUUGCCGUUUCGGCCAAAUUUGGCCAUUUUUUGGUCAUAAUUUAGCCAAAAAAUGACCAAAAUUUAUUUUUUAUCCUUUUUUUAAAAUGAGAUUUCGUUUCUCAAGUAUAGUUCUGUAUUUUUCCAACCCAAAGAACUUUGGAGAAUUCCCCCUCGUUUAAAAAUUGAUUGGAGAAAAAUUGGAAUUCCAGAGCUUUCCACAAAGUUCAGGAAUCAGUUGAAAUUGUCGAAAAAUAUGGAUUUUGAACAUUUUCGCACUGAAAAUUGGCCCUGAAAACAUUUCGCCUUGGAAUUUCAAGUUUUGAAACAAAAAAAUGACAUUUUCAAAAAUUGCGCUAUGGAAAUUGGCCCGGAAUUUUUGAAAAUCUGAUUUUUUCGUAUGCAAAAUUCAAAACUUGAAAUUCCAAGGCGAAAAGUUUUCAGGUGCCAAUUUUCAGAGGGAAAAAUUUCAAAAUCACUGAUUUUUGACAAUUUCAAGUUGUAACUGAUUCCUGAACCUUGUGAGGAAAUAUUGCUCUGGAAUUCAGAUUCGAUUUUUUCUCUAAUCAAUUUCUAAACGAUGGGGGAUUUUUCAAAGUUAUUUGGGUUGGAAAAAUACAGAACUAUACUUGUGAAGAUAAAUCUCAUUUCAAAAAAAAAAUUAUGAAAAAUAAAUUGCUUUCGAGAAUUCUAAAAAUUGGUCAAUCGGUGAUUUUGGAGAUUUUUUGACCAAAAUUUAGUCAAAAAAUUGAUCAGAAAUUGGUCAAAAAUGCACCAAUUUUUCAGGCUCCCAGCACCUGUGGAUUGAGAAACUGAAUCUCAUUUAAAAAACGAUAAAAAAUAAAUUGCUCUCAAAAAUUCUAAAAAUUGGUCAAAAAAUGACCAAAUAUAGGGCAAUCGGUGAUUUUGAUCAAUUUCUGGCUAAAUUAAGACCAAAAUUUCAUAUAAAAAAUAAAUUGCACCCAAAAAUCCCCGAAAUUUUUCCAGAUUGACACAAAGAAAAUGAAGAACUUGCAAGGACAAUGUGCCAAACCACAACUCGGAAAGAAGAUGAAAGUGGGUCGUUCGCGCAGUCUCAGCGCAGUUCGUCCAGCUCCCCGCGACGAAAUCGCCAUUCCCGACCCAGAAGCUCGUCACCACGCUGUCAAACUUCGCAACAAAGCAAUGCGCGGACUUCGACGAGAAGCUAAGAAGGGAGAAGCUGAUCGACAUGUAUAUGAUCUUAAACCAAAACAUUUGUUCUGCGGAAAACGAGGAAAUGGAAAAACUGAUUGGCGUUAA